UCAUUCUUCUUUCUCACACUAUAACUAAGGGUGGUGCUAGCUUGAGUGUGAAAGAAAAAGAAAAGAAGAAUGAGUAACAUAUUGGCAGCAUUAGAGUACUGGUUAGUGAACCACCCUACAAUCAAGAACUUCACAUGGACGCCAGGGAAAACCAUGGCCUCAACUCCACAGUUUCUCUGCUUCACAAUCCUCUCCUACCUGUCGUCCAUCUUCAUCCUCCCUCAAAUGAAAUCCCUGCCGUCCAUCCCCCAAUCCAUCCUCAGGCCAAUCUCAGCCGUCCACAACACAUCCCUCCUCCUCCUCUCCUUCGUCAUGGCCCUUGGCUGCCUCCUCUCCACCAUCUCGCAUGCACCUCACGUCCACUGGAUCAUCUGCUUCCCACCGCAAACCAAGCCCACUGGGCCCAUAUUCUUUUGGGCCUACAUCUUCUACCUCUCCAAGAUCCUUGAGUUCAUGGACACACUCCUCAUCAUCCUCAGCAACUCCAUCCAACGGCUCUCGUUUCUCCACGUGUACCACCACUCCAACGUGGUCAUCAUGUGCUACAUAUGGUUGCAAACCUCGCAAACACUCUUCCCGGCGGUACUCUUUACCAACGCCUCCGUGCAUGUGCUAAUGUACGCCUACUACUUAUCGUGCGCGCUAGGAGUGAGACCUAAGUGGAAGAAGCUUGUGACGAAUAUCCAGAUCAUGCAGUUCUACUCCAGCUUCGUUGUUCUGAGUUUGAUGCUUUACUACCACUUCACGGGUUCAGGGUGCUCUGGUGUUUGGGGUUGGACCUUCAAUGUCGUUUUCUAUUCCUCUCUUUUGGUCUUGUUCGUUGACUUUCACAAAAAGAAUUAUGGUAGUACUGCAAACUCCAAGAAAAAGUUUACUCUCAACAACGUUAAGCAGGAUUAUUCCAAGGGCUUGUUUUGUGCUUAUCACAUCUCAUGAUGUUAGUAUUAGUCUUAAUUUAAUUGUACCAUGCAUUGUCAUUAUUUUAUUAAUGUUUGGUCUAUAUAGAAUUAGGGUAAAAUACUAUUUUGAUCCUUAAUGUUGGGGUCAAAUUUUAAUUGGGAGCCAUUCAUUUAGAUAAAAAU